AUGACCGCUCUUCCUUUACAACCUGAUCCCAUCUCCUCGCCUUCCUCCACCUCUUCCUCACCAUCACUCCCUUCGUCUUCGCAACACGUUACAGCUCCACAUCCUUCCGCAUCCCCCGACCGACUUCUCAUCGACGACCUAUCAGCAGUAGACUCCGGCCCCUUGACGACAGCAGCAGCAUCAUCCUCAGGCGGAGCAAGGAUAGCUUCAACAGCGAACCCAGGUGCAAGUGGAGGGAGUCAGACAAUAGCCAGCUCUUCUCGCGACCCGGUUGUUAGGUCUUUCGACGGCGGAGACGAUAGCGAAAGCGAUUGGGAUAUAGAGAUGGAGCCCAUUGCAGGACAUCGCCGACGGCGAAGCAGUCACAACAUGGCUGUCCGGCCAGCCGGAUCUCCAAGCCGACUCCGUGGUACAAGCCGUGGUCCCGCGCCCACAUCAAACGAACCCAAAAUAUCAGAAGAAGAUUUAGACGCAAAUGGUUUUGCUAUCCGUAAAGACGAAUCGGGCGACGACAGUUUUAGCGACGGAGACCUACAAGAUGACGAAGAGACGGGAUUGACCCGUAAAGACAAGCAGAGGCGGCAGAAGAAGCGCAGCAGAAACACUCAACUAGAUCAGCGAAUCGUCAGGGAUAAGAAUGACAUUUCAGCAGAAGAGCGCAAAGAGGCAGACAAAGCCGUUUUCAAGAGCCUGGUGUUUAACGGAGUUCUGAUUCUUUUAUGGUAUCUCUUUUCAUUAUCAAUAUCGAUCUACAACAAAUGGAUGUUCGAUCAUGACCGUUUGAACUUUGCAUUUCCUUUGUUUACAACCUCCAUGCAUAUGGUAGUACAGUUUACGCUCUCGGGCCUAGUCUUGUACUUCGUACCAUCUCUGAGACCAGGAUACCGAGCUCAUACAUCCGAUCUGGGGAGAUCAAGGCACGAUGAUGAGCCCAAGUCUUACGGCAUGACCAAGAUGUUUUAUCUCACCAGAAUUGGACCAUGUGGCGCUGCUACAGGUCUUGAUAUUGGACUUGGCAACACUUCUCUCAAGUUUAUCAGUCUUACAUUCUACACCAUGUGCAAGUCAUCUUCUCUUGCUUUCGUCCUUAUGUUCGCUUUUGUCUUCCGUCUCGAGACCCCAACAUUGCGUCUUAUCGCCAUCAUUGCUACUAUGACACUGGGUGUUGUGCUUAUGGUAUUUGGCGAAGUUGAAUUCCAGGCGGGAGGCUUCGCUCUUGUUAUCUCGGCGGCCUUCUUCUCUGGUUUCCGUUGGGGACUCACUCAGAUUCUACUCCUCCGCAACCCUGCGACCUCGAACCCAUUUUCUAGCAUUUUCUUCCUUACUCCUGUCAUGUUCCUCGUGCUUAUCUGCCUCGCCGUGCCCGUGGAAGGAAUCGGAAACCUCAUCGAGGGCUACAAAGUUCUCGGCAACGAAUGGGGCUAUUUCAUGGCACCCCUUUUCCUGCUCUUCCCCGGCUGCAUUGCGUUUUGCAUGACAGCCUCCGAGUUCGCUCUGCUGCAGCGUACCUCUGUCGUUACCCUUUCUAUUGCCGGCAUCUUCAAAGAGGUUGUCACUAUUAGUGCGGCUGCUCUUGUAUUUGGUGACCGCCUCACUCCCAUCAACUUCGUUGGUCUACUGACGACCAUGGCCGCUAUCGCUGCCUACAACUACAUCAAAAUCACAAAGAUGCGACAAGAGGCACGAGAGAGUGUUCACGUUCAACAUGGUGACGAUGGCGACGAGUCUGACUCCCAUGGAAGCCAGACCAGUGGAAUUCUUGAUCGCGAUGGUGACACAGACGCGGAAAACACCGGUCUGCUGCGCGACAGCAUCGAUCGCCUCGAUAUCGAUGAUCAACCUUCUGCGGCAGCCAACGAGCGCCGCUAG